GCUGCCUACCCAUCUAUCUAUUCACGAUUCCAUUGCGCGCAUAGUCAACCCGGACUAGAACCCCGCGGUUGUAAAAUCCCUUGCUUGUCAUUUCUCUGCCGCCAGUUAAAUAAAGAACAUGCCCGCUACACAGCCGUCUUAUUGUCAGUCUGUCCGGAGGACAUCGUGCAGACACAGCAGUCCCGUCUUGUGGCCUUAAUAGUACAACUGAAACGCAAUUUCAAUUAUUUAAAAAAUACUAUUUCCAGCGAAUAUGGUGUCAACUCUUCCGCCUAAUCGGACGGUAGACGUCUGUGGAACGCAUCGCUUCAUGUUCUUUACCAGUUCAUCGGGAGUGAAUCGGACGAAAAAGGGUCGCCUGCUUUUUUCCAGGCGAACAGUUGGACGAUCAUCGACCAUCGGUAAUAGCAGGAAACUAGCUAGCAGUCGCACGACAGGAUCCCAUCCUUCAACAAUCUUUCAAACGGCAUCGACUCAAACGGAUAUGCGAGACUCGGAAAUUCAAACUGAUCCAUGGUGGCAUCGAUCGGAAGGUGUGCCGCUCCUUUGCUGUCGAGGAUCUCACCGAAAACUUGAAAGAGCUAAAUGGAAUGCACGCGCCUAUCUGGGAGCUUUUGAUCAUCAACAGCAAGAAGAAGAUCAAGAUGUUACACAUCAAGAAAGUUUGUCGACGCUGGAAGACGGCGACACGAGCACAGGCACGCAAACCCUUGGUGGCACGACAACGCAAUCCAAACAAAGAACGGUUAGUUGCGGUCCGUCGUACGGCAGCCGAGCAUGCUUUCCUGAUCCUCUUGACCUCUGGGUAUCGACUUAUCAGAAGCUUCGCAUCGACGACGAAAUUGAGGAAGAAAAGAUUUCGCUGAAGAAAAAUCGCCUACUUAAACGCCAGGAGUCUCGGAACAUGAAGCGCCACAAACACCUAACAACGGAGUCAUCGCAGAUUUUCAGAAAACCACCAACAUCAGACCCAGUGUUUUUGAAUCGUAGAUAUAACAGACUUGUUCCUAAAGUGCUACCCAGUGUUCCAAAACUUGAUAAUGCCACAUUGGAGGAGGCAUUGGACCAACUCUGCCAACAAAUUCAAGAGCAAUUUAAUUUGAAUACCAUACAGGUAAAAUAAAGAACCAACCAAUUCAUUGUGUUUAUUCAACUGAAACUCCGUUGCUAUCUUUUGUCUGACAAUCAAAUAAAACAUGAUAACUAUGAAAACUUUAUCCCCUGUCAUACCGGGAUAUAAAAUAUUAGGCUAGUUGCACGCAACAUGAUGGGAAUUAAUUGUAUAGCGUA